CAGUUACGAUGUCUGACAGCCUAACUAGGGAUACUGAUCCGGGGUGCUUUUUGGGGGUCCAUAUUGCCGAAUUUUCUAUUUGACUCCAUGAAAUUUUCGUAUCGCUUGAUUUUUUAAUCGGUUUUGCGCACCUGUGGUGUUAAAUCGAUUAAUAAACCGAUUAAAAACCCGAGCGAUUAAGAAAUUUUCUGGAGAAAAUGUCUUAAUCGGAUUCGUAAUCGCUACCGAAGAUGCUUAGCGCACUGGCCCCAUACUCUGAGGGAACGAUCUGAGUAAAGUAGUGAAAGGUGAGUGUCAGUAUUUCCAAAUUAACCAGCCAUCCAGGCUGAGGUGGGAUACAGAACUGCCUUUUGUUGGUCCAGUGCUUGGUCGUUUUGUCUGUCUUGGACUUUUGAAACAGCACCGAAACAAGAACCACAGAGAUGUCCGCCGUUGCACCCGAUGUUGGCUCUGUCGUUCGUCCUCGACCUGUCCACAUUCCUCAUUAUACCAUCAACUUCCGCAAGCCCAUCCCCAAAGUCCGCCGCGGUCCACGGCGAUUUAUGCGCCGCGGUGGACGGAACUGCGAGAGCGUACCGUAUCCACAGGCAGCGGAUGGUCUGGUUCUUCAGGGCUUGCUAGUAGGCAGCCAGGUCUUCCUCUACGAUAUGGUGACUUUUCGUUUCCUGCGUCAACAUCGCGGCCAUUUCGGUGAAGCUCAUCGUUUCAAAGUCUACGAGCGUGGUGUACGGGCACCGUUUGGAGAGUCCGACGGCAGCAAAACAUACGACCCGGAAACGGACUCAUUUCCCCCGCCCGCUCACAUCCAACCGGUCGGUACUCUCAACCUGUUUGAGGCAUACUUCCUCAGCAUUGUGACGAACUGUCUGCGCAUCUGGGACGGUUCCAGCGGAAUGGAAAUUGAUCCCAGGGCGUUGAUGGGGAUAUUUAUGCGGCUGCAUCCAUUAUUUCCAUAUUUCUUCGCUGCGUACUGUCAUUUUCGCCGCCUGAAAUAUGUGGUGACAUCGGGUGUGAAAUUCGGAACGGAUUUUGUUCUAUAUGAAUAUGGACCAUCCAAAACCCACUCCCUGUAUAUGGCGUACAUUGUCAUUCCCGGAUUGCGCGAUCCCAGUCUGAAUAUGGUUGACACCCUGCAACGGGUGGCUAAUGCCGCUAAAAAGGACGCCUUGUUGGUACGCGUGACUACCGAUGCAGUGUCUGAACAGGAAAUCGCUACUUACGACUCCUUUGUCCGCAUGAAGAUUACGGAGCUAAUUGUGCGCCGUCGAGAACGGAUUUUUGACAAGCCCAUGCUGGAGACGACGCCUCAAUAUGUUCCGCCGUACCGAAACUUGCAGGCCUUGGCGGGAAAGGCCGGUACUGAGGACCCAGCUCCACUAGGAAAUGGUUCUGUUGAUGCCGCGGGUGUGAAUUCCACUCGCCGACAGCGUCCCCAGACUUUCCACUUUCCCACGGUUUUUAUGGGCGUUCGUCGUGUGUUUCGGGGCCGAUUGUGGACCGGACCGACAAGAGGAGCGGGUGCUAGUAGUCUAGGAUUCGGUCCGGCAUUCGGAUAUCAGCGCACUCGUGGUCCACCAAUGUUUGUCAGCCGUAACUCUUCAUCGUAUCGUCCGGUGCGGGUUUGUGGACGUGGUGCGAGAUUUUGGAGACGCUAAACAAAUGGAAAUUUCUUGCCGCUAUAAUAUGUGCGGUAUUCCAUAAGUUGAAUUUGGUUCACAUUUGGUUGACCUUAGCUUCGGUUAUUAUUAUGGCUCUUCGUUAGUUCGUUUUAUUUUUUUAUAGAGAUGAUGAUAAUUGUACCCUUAAAAGAGACUGUUUGUUUUUCGAAUCUGGUUCAUCAGCUUAUGACAUGCG